CUCGUUGAAGUUGUUCUGGUCGGUUCUGCUGCUAGCGCUGUAGCUCUGUUGUGCCGCUUGCAGUGCCACAGUGCCACUGCCAUUCGCAUCAAUUGAGGAGUGUCACCGAAGCGCAUAUCAUCAACGAACUGCGUAGCCACUGAAUUACGAAAAAUUGUUUCGGGACGAGAGGAACGAAAUUAAAAUCAAUCGAACGAACGAGCAAAGAUGAAAAUCGCCGUACUCGGUGCUGGUUGCGUGGGAGUGACGACGGCUCUCGAGCUCCAGAGAGAAUUACCACAGGCACAGAUCAGCCUUUUGGCCGCAGAUUUCGAGGGUAUAACGAGUUUCGUGGCCGCUGGCAUAUUCCGAAUAGGCACGUCGUUCGCUGGUCCGAACGAGACCAUCACAAGACAAUGGAUCAAAGACUCGUACGAUUAUUACGAGGAAUUGAGCCGAUCGAGGGAUGCUUCGGAAAUCGGCGUUGCAGCCAUCUCCGGAUACAUGUUUUCCAACGAGUCGCCGGUAGUCGUUAUGAAUGAUUAUAUGGAGAAGCUCGUGCCGAUUUAUCGCAGAGCUACCGAGUCGGAGCUGCAAUUGACAGGCAACGUGUGGAAGUACGGCUCGUUCGUCUCGACUUUGGUGACGCAGCCCGACAUUUACGUUCCUUGGGCGAUAAGCAAAUUAAAGGCCAACGGCGCGCAGAUUAAGCGACAAAAAGUCAAUUCGUUCAAGGAGAUCGCCGCGGAUUACGACGCAAUCGUGAAUUGCACCGGCCUCGGGGCUAAGCGGCUUUGCUCGGACCGCGCCAUGGUGCCGAUCAAGGGCCAGGUGAUCAAGGUGCGGGCUCCCUGGCUCAAGACCUUCUUCUACGGCGAGCUCAACACUUACGUAGUGCCCGGCGUCAACGGCCUCGUCACUCUGGGCGGUCAGCGCGAGUUCGACUGCUCGGAUCUGAGCAUCUGUCCGUACCAGUCGGCGGCCAUCAAGGAUCGCUGCGACCGACUCGUGCCGGGCUUGAGCAAAGCCGUGCAAGUGUCCGAGAAAGCUGGCCUAAGGCCGCACCGAGAGACCGGAGUCCGAGUCGAGGCGGAAAGGUUCAGCGAUGGUCCAGGCAGCAGCACCUUGAUUGUUCACAAUUAUGGUCACGGAGGCUACGGCAUAUGCACAGCCCCAGGAACUUCGAAAUACGCGGUGACAAAGUUGAAGGAACUUCACAGUUCCACGGCGAAGCUUUGAGCAUACUCAAAAUUAUUUGAGC